GAGAUUUUAAAACGUAUUAAAAUGGACGGUUUAUCAGAAGAUGACAGUUCUGAUAGCAGUAGUGAUUAUUUGGUCGAUCCAGAUAAAAUUAAUUUAAGUUCUAAUUUCUUCACGGAAAAACCAAAAGCUGUGACAAUUAAAAAUGACAGCGAAGAUGAAAGCACCGAUGAUGAAGAUCUUGACGAUGUCAGUCAAACGAAUAAUAUUGAACUUUUUACUCAGGUUUUAAAAAAUUUAGAAUAUUCGCAAAAACUCGAAGUUAACAAUGAACACACCGAAAAAGAACAAUCGCAUGCAGACUAUUCUAUAUCACAGAAGAAAGAAGAAAAAGUGCAGAAAAUAAAAGCAAAAGAACAAAAUACCACAUCAUCCAAUGAAAUAGAUGAACUUUUACUUCAAGGUGAAAGUUCAUCCAGCAAAAAAUCUUCUAAACAUAAAAUAGUAAAAAGUGAUGAAAAUAUUGAACCUUCUAAUGAAUAUACUAUUCCAAAGGACGGUAUUAAGAUUAUUUUACCAGGUUCUAGUUUAAUAACGAACAAAAGAAAGAAAGGAAAACAAGAUGUAAAAGCAAUUUUACGUAAACGCUUAAGAGCCAGUCAAAUAUUGAUAGAGAAAGUGGGAUUGCUUUGUUGGUUGGCUUAUGGAUUUCAUUUAAAUUAUCAGUUAAAUCAGCCUGAGAUAAUGACUGGCGUAUUGUCAUUAAUUUCUACUUGUAAUUAUCCAAAAGAUAGAAUUGAUCUCUCAUAUUUAGAAAAAUUUACAAAAUGGUUCAAACAUUUGUUUACAUUUGAUUUCAUUGAAACAAAUGCUAAUAAACAAAUAAAUAAAGAAACAUUGCUAAAGAUACUGAAUGAAAAGAAAAUUUCUAAUUAUAAGGAACUAGUAUUGCUGUACAUUGUUACUUUAAGAGCUUUAGGUCUAAAUUGUAGACUAGUUAUCUCUCUUUGUCCUCCUCAUCGGAUUUUCAGUGAUAGUCCAUUGUUUAAACCCAAUCUGAAAGAGCAAAAAACUAAAUCAAAAAAUAAAUCUAAUGCUAUCAAAAAACAAAUUUCCAAAGAAAAGGAAAUUUCUGAUAAAUCAUCUGUAAUUCAAAACAGUCUGGAAGCAAAGAAGAAUGCUAAUUCAGAAGCUAAAAAGAAAGCAGCUGAAAUUUUACGUUCAAAAUUGCAAAGUAACACAAAAAAAAGUAGAUUUGAUACUAGUAAAGAUGCCAAUAUUGAAAAUAAAGUAACUCAAAAAUUGAGUUCUAAAAAAGUUGAAAAAAGAGAUGAAUCUAAAUCUGUUGAUCAUGAAAAGAAUAUGUCUAAUUUAAGACAAUUAAGAUCUCGCAAAAUUAAUGUUAAUUUUGAGAAUAAUAAAGCAAUAAAAUUGACAGAUGUGACUUCAAAGACUGAUGGCACAAAAUCGAAAUAUUAUAUAGAAGAAUCGACAGAUUCUGAAGCAGAAUUUCAGCCUAAACCAAAACGUGUAAUGAAAAAAAAUUUGAAUAAUGUUAAUGAAAAAACAUCACAAAGUUCUACAAGUACGAAGAGAAGUAAUAGAAAAUUAUUGUCUUCUGAUAGUGAAAAUGAAGAAGCAGAUAAGACAAAGAAAAAGCAAGAUAUUUGGGCUGAAAUAUAUUUAGAGUCAGAAGAAAGUUGGAUUUGUGCAAGCAUAAUAGAUGAAAAAAUUCAUUGUGUAUCUGAAAUAUAUAAAAAAGCAACAAAGCCUGUAUUAUAUGUAGUAGCUUGGAACUCUGAAGGUUUAGUAAAAGAUGUAACUCGACGUUAUUGUUCACAAUGGCUUACAGUUACACGAAAACAAAGAGUUGAUGAAAAAUGGUGGCUUGAAACAUUAUCUAUCUGGAAAGAAAAAAAUACUGCUAUAUCUAGAGCUGAAGAUGAAAUGCUUCUACAAAAGGAAUUAGAACAGCCAUUGCCUAAAACUAUUGGUGAAUGCAAAGGUCAUCCAUUGUAUGUCAUUCAAAAGCAUUUACUCAAAUUUGAAGCAUUGUAUCCUCCAGAGUGUGUACCUUUAGGACAUAUUUCUACAGGUGAUGCUAUUUACUCUCGUCAUUGUGUACAUACUCUUUGCUCAAGGGAAACUUGGCUUAAAAAAGCCAGAGUUGUAAAACCAAAUCAAGAAGCUUAUAAAAUAGUUAAGGCUCGUCCAAAAUAUGAUAAACUUUCAGGAAUGAAAAUUAGAGAUUCAGCAUUAGAAUUAUUUGGUGAAUGGCAAACUAUGGAAUAUGAACCACCAGUAGCUAAGGAUGGUAUUGUUCCACGAAAUGAAUAUGGAAAUGUAGAUUUAUUCAAAAUGUGUAUGCUUCCAAAAGGCACUGUUCAUAUAAAUCUUGCAGGAUUAUAUCGAAUCGCUCGAAAACUUAACAUUGAUUGUGCACCAGCUGUGGUGGGCUUUAAUUUUGGACCUAUGGGUGCUGUACCUGCAAUUGAGGGUUACGUCGUUUGUUCUGAAUACGAAGACACAUUGCGAGAAGCUUGGGAAGCUGAACAAAUAGAGGCAGCUAAACGAGCCAAAGAAAAGCGAGAAAAACGAGUCUAUGGAAAUUGGAAAAAGUUAAUUCACGGUUUGUUUAUAAGAGAACGAUUAGCAGCAAAAUAUGAAUUUUCGGAGGAAACGAAAUCAAUAGCUAACAAGCGGAAAAAACAUAAGAAAUAA